AAACGCACAGCUGUGGCAGAAAACAAGACAUUGGUGAACUAUCGACGGCCAGAGCCUGUUCAGCCUGCUAUGUACAUUUACAAGGAGCCCAGUAUUAACAACGAGCAACAGAGUCCGGUCACGGCUCGUAGCAGCAACAAUGGCGUUUAUGACGACUCGAAUCAGCAAUUUGGUGUAGGCAAUAAAAAGAGUAAAAUAAUGUAAGUGAGUGCUUAAAAAUUACAAUAUUUUUAUUCUAGAAAAGCAAUCAAAGGAGGAUUCCUUACACGUAUGAGCCGCUUGGGAAUUGGCAGCAACAAGCGCCGUGGGCGGAAAAGCAAUGCCAAUGAAGAAAAUGCAACUGAUAACACGUCACCGUCAUCCUCGUGCUCAGACGACCAGUGUCGUCGCAGUGGUGAUUCAUAUUACUCAUUACUUUUCGGACAUAUGAGCACUUCGGGUUUAUCGACAAACACCACACCUCCACACGGCGGUCGUUAUGUCAAAAUAAAAUCCGGAUUGCGACAUAACAGAGAUUCUGGACGGAUACUAGAAGCACAAACUUUGAGCGUAAAAAGAGGGGGACAAAAAUAUCAAAGCAAAGACGAAUACUACCACCGUUAUGAACGUAUGCGAAUGAGACCUAGGGACCUACUAUCUCGUUCAUUUUCAGCAUCAAAUGCUCUCAAGGCUAGCGGAAUUAUUGCUGCUCCCACGGACAAGAACAAGAGCAACAUUGCUGACAACGACAACGACAAGAACGAAGUCGACGAUCCUCCUGGAGCCGUUUGGGCAAUGAAGUUUAGUCAAGACGGUCGCUACAUGGCAGCGGGAGGACAAAAAUGCGUCAUCCUAGUCUGGAAAACCCGGGAAGAUCGCUACACAGACAACGUCCAUGCACCAGAAGGGCAGCACCGUUGCUCGGUAUCCCAGCAGCCACGGCAGAAUGACCUAGAAGACGAAGAGAAUGGCAAUUUAAGUCAACAAACGAUUAAGGUCUUUGAGGAUGAGCCUAUACGCGCAUUUGACGGCCAUACGGCAGAUAUACUUGAUAUAUGCUGGUCGAAGAAACAUUUUUUGAUUUCAAGCUCGAUGGAUAACACCGUAAUGCUAUGGCAUAUAUCUGUACAGCAUUGUCUUUGUGUGUUCAAGCAUGUAGAUUUUGUUACCAGUAUCGCAUUCCAUCCAUUUGACGACAGAAUAUUUCUAUCUACGUCUGCCGACGGCAAAGUGCGCCUAUGGAGUAUUCCCGGGAAAUCUGUAUUACGGUGGAACAACCCUGCAGACAACAAUAUUCUUACAGCAGCAAGCUUUACUGCAAAUGGCGAUAUGGUUUGUGCGGGCUCCUAUGACGGUCAGGUGUUUCUUUAUAACACGGAUGACAUGAAGCAGGUUUCCCAAUUUUCGGUCAAAAAACCUAAUGCCAGACGAGGGCAUAAGAUCACUGGGAUCCAAGCAGUGCCAGGCUUGCCAAGUGACAAUGAUAAGAUCCUGGUGACCAGCAAUGAUUCGCUCGUGCGGCUGUAUAGUGUCCGUGAUCACAGUUUGAUCCACCAAUAUAAAGGUGCUGAAAACGAAUCGACCCAAAUUAAAGCCUCAUUAAGCGAUGAUGGUCAGCUUAUUAUAUGCGGCUCGGAUAAAAACACAGUCCACAUCUGGUCCACCAAUCCAUACAGUUCCCCAUACCUGAACGAUCGCAGCUCACAAUCAGAAGCGUCGUUGAGCCAUCUCAUAACACAAUUCCCGGACCCUUCAUCAACAGCAACAAGAAAUAAUCAUAAAAAUAUUAGUAUCAUCGAUCCAGUACACGAUAACAGCAGAAACAACAUUGCCAGUCGAGCAAAAAGCAGUAGUCGUAAUCGAAGCUUUUCAACAUGGUUUCACCGCAAUUCACACAGUGGGGGAGGAUUAGGACCACGUAUCGGUAGCACCAACUGCUAUUUCACAGCACACCAUGGCAUAGUGGCGUGUGCCAUUUUUGCGCCCACAAAAACACGACAGCAACUCGCAGCAUCUGGUGAAGAUAUCAUCUACAACCAUACACAUGUUCCUUAUAUCCAUCGCAACUAUAAAGAGAACGACAACAGCAUCGUUCGUGAUGACAACGGCUACGAUGGUAGCGAUGCUGUGUCAGACGCCUACACCUACAACAACAAUGACAGUAGUAGCAAUCCACAACAAAGCCGUGUCAAUGCUUCCAGUUUCCUACGGAUCUCUCGUUCAAUGUUACCGCUUGAAGAAUGCGACAAGCAAGAGAUAGAAGCCAGGCUAGAGCAUACAUACUCAGAAGGACAGAUUAUUGUGACAACUGAUGAAAAGGGGUACAUCAAGGUUUGGCGUAUCGAUUCAGGCAUAUAUGACUCGAGCGAAGCAACCAAUAGUCAGAUUGAUAAGAGCAACAGCAACGGCAAUAGCAAACGGGUAUCUUCAUUUUCUACCUUUGGCGGUAUUAGAACAGGAUCUGCCUUUAACUGCAGUAGCAGCAAUAACACAGAUCAACGUUCUCGGCUUUCCAUUGCACCUAGAUUCAAUAAAAAAUAGCAAAACAUGAUACUGUAGUAGCCUUUUUCCUUUAUUUUUUUUUUCAAGUUAAGAGUGUAAUAUUAUACAAAAAAUAUAUAUUUGUGCGAGAAGAGAGAAAAUUUAUAAUGAUACAAGUAAAAAAAAUACAUAUUAUGUGAG